AUGAAAGUACUGCAAAAGUCCGUCCUGGCCGGCAUCUCGCUAUUGUCAGUCUAUCUCUUUCACCGACUUCGCCAGCAUCGUCGUCGCUAUGCCAGCUUGCCUCAGCUCCAUUCGUCAUUGCUAUUGGGCCAUCUCAAGACUUUGAGUGAUGUUAUCUCCAAUGGUGACAAAGAGAGGCAUAUCGAUAUUGUCUUUUCCGAAAUCUGCAAAACGCUGGGCAACGUACCAAUAUUCAUAUUAGAUACCUAUCCAGUGGCGCCAGUCUUAUGUGUGGUUUGCAGUCAUGAUAUUGCUGAACAGGUCACCAAGGCUUCCAAGGCUUUUCCGUACAGUAUCCCCAAGGCACCAACAACAAGAGCGUUUGAGGACUUGUUCGGUCCCAGAUCGAUUAUCACCGCGGAGGGCGAAGAAUGGAAGUCACUCCGUAAAAUAUUCAAUCCUGGGUUUGCCUCAAAACACCUGGUCCGCCUCUUGCCCUGUAUCGUUGACAAAACACGGCGGUUUGUUGCUAUCCUCGAGCACUACGCUACCACUGGCGAGGAAUUCAAAAUGCAUGAGCUAUGCACGAACCUUACCUUUGAUAUUAUUGGUACCGUGACCAUGGACAUUGAUCUCUGUGCGCAGCUAGGUAGAUGCGACCAGAAUGAGAUCAUCCGUCUCUUCCGUGAUUUGGGUUCAACUUAUCGUGGUCGGGGCGAUAACGGAGGCAUCUGGAUUAAUCCCUGGACGAUUCGAUAUCGACGACGUUUAGUUCGCAGAUUGGACGUGCUGAUCAAGAAUACAAUCCAACGGACGUAUGAAGAGAAGACCGAACAGUCUGGCGCAGGAUGCAAACCGAAUAGUGAAUCUCGGAGUAUCCUCUCGCUGAGUCUGCGGGAUAUCGACGAACUGACCCCUAACAUCCUCGAUCAGGUUUGUGAUCAGCUCAAGACCUUCCUCUUUGCCGGCCAUGACACAACCAGUGUCUUACUUCAGUGGGCACUGUACGAGCUCAGCCGCACCCCGCGUGCAAUGAACAUCGUUCGACGUGAACUGGACGAAAUCUUCGGACCGAAUUCGAGUCCGGAAAAUGUGCAUGAAAUGCUUUUAUCGGAACAAGGAGACAGACUUCUCUCCCGCAUGUCAUAUAUCUCGGCCGUCAUCAAGGAGAUCCUUCGUUUAUACCCACCGUCGGGUACUGCCCGCUACUGUGAGCCUGGAUCAGGCUUUACAAUCAAGUUACCUGGUGGGGAUGACUUAUGCCUUGACGGUGUGGUGUUAUACAACUGCGAGACCAUUAUACAGCGUGACGAGAGGGUGUUUGGCGAAACACGGGAUACGUUCAUGCCUGAGCGCUGGCUUGGGUCUGACAGACAAAUACCACCUAGCGCCUGGCGACCAUUUGAACGUGGUCCUCGGAAUUGCAUUGGGCAGGAGCUGGCUAAUAUUGAAGCACGGGUCAUUCUGGCGUCGGUGGUGAGACAGUAUGAUUUUGUCAAAGUGGGAUUGGGAGAAAUCAAGCUUAAUGAGAGUGGCGAACCCAUUAUGAACUCUACAGGACAGUACGAAGUGAAAUCUACUCUAUAUAAUACGCUGGAGGUUACUGCCAAGCCAGUAGAUGGAACCAGGAUGAAAGUUCAACUCGCUACGAAGGAACUGAAGAGAUCAUGA